AUGAGCUAUUAUGGCAGCUACUAUGGGGGCCUGGGCUAUGGCUACGGCUCUGGUUAUGGCUGUGGAUGUGGCAGCUUCCGUGGCCUAGGCUAUGGCUUUGGUGGCUGUGGCUUUGGAGGCCUGGGCUAUGGUGGCUAUGGAUAUGGCUGCUGCUGCCCAUCUUUCUAUGGAAGAUAUUAUUCCUCUGGCUUCUACUGA